AUGCCCCGGGACCUUCAGGCCCAGGCCGAUGAACUUGAGAAAUGGUGGAAACGCGACACCAAGGAAGCUGCGUUAAGUGAACAUAUCAGAACAGAGAACUGGUCUGAAAAUUACGACAAUUCAGCGACACAACAUCAAUGGCAAGAGACUUGCGGAGAAAGAGGGUGGCGCCUCCAGCGUUGA